UUCACACGGUUUCAAAUCAGCAGCAGCUCAGGACUUGAGGUCAAUAAAUACAAAGAAUUUUAUGCAUGUAAAUACUAGCAUGUACAAGAGUGUUUCUCUACAGGAUUGUCUGUUAAUGAAGAGAUGGACACGGCAGAGAAAAUAAUUAUUUUCUGUUUUCUGUUAGAAGGUGUUUGCUGUAGAGAUUUCAACAUCUAUCUGCCAGAGAAGAUUAAAGCUCUCAGUGGAUCUCGUGUGAUCAUAAAGUGCAUAUUUGAGAUUGAAGAACAAUAUGACAAAUGCCUCACUGAGAAAGCUAAAGGAGUGUGGUUGAAAGAUGGGACUGAUAGGAACAGAAAUGUAGUGUUUUACUCAAGCACAUCAAGCCAGAACUCCUUCAUUAGAGGGAAUAUAACUGGAAAAUUAAAAGAUAAGGACUGCACCACUGUCUUUUAUGACCUCAGAUCAAAUCACGGUGGUCGGUAUUACUUCAGGAUUGAGGGCGAAGAUAAACUGAAACAGACCUAUAAACAAGCUAGUGUUUCAAUAGAUGUGAUUGAGUCUCCUCCCAAACCCAGAGUGCAGCUGUAUGUGGAGCAGAAGGAGGUGCAGGGUCAGGAGGAGGUGUUGGAGGGGAGCUCUGUGAGUCUGCGCUGCUCUGCUGAGACUCUCUGCUCCUCUCCUCCACCAACUCUCACAUGGAGCUCCACUCCCAGAAUCCCCCUCAGUGACAGCAGCAGACUACAGGAGCUCAUCUCUGAUCUGAACUUCACUGCUACUCACCGUGAGCAUGGAGUCACUUUCACCUGCACUAUAACCUACCAGCUACAGGACAAGAGCAAAACAGCACAGGACAGCAUCACAGUACAUGUUCAGUAUUCGCCCAAAAACACAGCAGUGUCUGUGCUUCCCUCCAGCUCUGUGUUGGAGGGCAUUAAAUUCAACAUUAACCACAGAAACAAUCAAAAUCCAUCAAUUAUCUACACCUGGUCCAGAGAGAGUGAAGGACAGUUGAAGCAGCUGCAGACUGGACAAAAUCUUACCUUCAAUAGGACCGACCCGACACACAGAGGCUGGUACCACUGUACAGCUCAGAACCAACACGGCAGCCAAAACUCAUCAGUGAUACUGGACAUUCAGUGUGAGUAAUAAAGGAAUAGAGAAAAUCUUUCAACCAAGUGAUUGUAAGCAAUGUAAACUGCAUAAAAAAUUUAGUAAGAAAAA